UGACGUCACGGCCAGAGUGCUGACUGUCUUCCGGUUAGCAGAAGCUGUGUGGAUGUCCCGUGCUCGGUGAUCUGACAAGAUGAGUACAAUGUUUGCGGACACGGUGCUGAUCGUCUUCAUCUCUGUGUGCACCGCGCUCCUGGCUGAGGGUAUAACCUGGGUGUUGGUGUACAGAACGGACAAGUACAAGAGAUUGAAAGCUGAGGUUGAGAAGCAAAGUAAAAAAUUGGAAAAGAAAAAGGAGGCUAUAACAGAAUCUGCUGGACGUACACAAAAGAAAAAAAUAGAACGUCAGGAGGAGAAGUUAAAAAAUAAUAACCGUGAUCUAUCCAUGGUCCGCAUGAAGUCCAUGUUUGCCAUUGGAUUUUGUUUCACAGCUUUGAUGGGAAUGUUCAACUCUAUUUUUGAUGGCCGGGUCGUAGCAAAGUUGCCUUUUCUCCCCCUUUCCUAUAUUCAAGGUCUGUCUCACAGAAACUUGCUAGGGGAGGAUUAUACAGACUGCUCAUUUAUAUUCCUGUACAUACUUUGUACUAUGUCCAUCCGUCAAAACAUUCAAAAAAUGUUGGGGCUUGCACCAUCCCGAGCAGCUACAAAACAGGCCGGAGGAUUCUUGGGACCCCCACCACAAGCUGGGAAAUUCUCCUAAGAUGCACAGUAUUCCACAAUUUUUUUGUUGCUGAAAGUCUAGGACUCUGUGGAACUGAUUUAUGAAGACUGAACUGAACUGAUUUAUGAACACACAAUUAACUAUUUCACACACUGAAUUUUUUUUAUAGUGUUUGCAAAUUGAAAAGCCUAGAACACAUCGUGUAAAGCAGAACUCCAGCAAA